ACGUGCUGCUGCAGCCUCUCCGAUCGGGUUUUCGGGUGCACGGGCGCCCAGGGCGCGCGCGAUGAAGGCGGUGAGCCCGGUGCGCCCCUCGGGCCGCAAGGCGCCGUCGGGCUGCUGUGGCGCCGGCAGCGGCGGAGGGGAUCUGGCGCUGCGCUGCCUGGCCGAGCACGGCGUGCACAGCCUGGGGUCCGGCUCGGCCGUGGCGGCAGCGGCAGCGGCGGCGGCGGCGGCGGCGGCGGCAGCGCGGUGCAAGGCGGCCGAGGCGGGCUCGGAGGAGCCGGCGCUGUGCCUGCAGUGCGAUAUGAACGACUGCUACAGCCGCCUGCGCCGGCUGGUGCCCACCAUCCCGCCGCACAAGAAAGUCAGCAAAGUGGAGAUCCUGCAGCACGUCAUCGACUACAUCCUGGACCUGCAGCUGGCCCUGGAGACGCACCCCGCGCUGCUCCGGCAGCCCCAGGCGCCGCCGACCCCCGACACCCCGCACCCCGCCGCCGCGCCCCCGCGGACCCCGCUCACCGCGCUCAACCCCGACCCGGCCAGCGCGGUGAACCAGCAAGGCGACAGCAUUUUGUGCCGCUGAGUCCUCCUCCUCCGCUGCUGCGCUGUCCAGGUGUGCAGGCUGCCUGAGUCCCAGCCAGGAGCACUAGAGAGGGAGGGGGAAGAUUUGCAGAAGUUUUGCGAGCAAAAGCCACCACCGGAGGGAAAGAAAACACUCAGCAAAGAGAGAGAGAGA